AUGACCGCUCCCAUCUUACCAGCCACACGUGCGACUACUAUCACAGCCAUCAUUAGUCGGCAUUAUUUCCAAGUUUUGCGAGGUCUGGUCACCCGUAGUACAUCGAUGAAUUAUGCUUGCGGUCAAGAUCUUCACCGAUUACCGUUCCCGGGAACCGCCAUAUUUCAAGCUUUCUUUACUUUGUCACAAUUUAUUAAUUCGGUGUUUGAGUACAGAGACUUAGCCGUGGGCGGUGGAGGCUGGUUUGGCACUGCCCUACCGUUUGCGGAUUGUUACAUCGAUCGUACUUCGCUGCAACGGCGUUGCCUUUGUUGCUUUAUCGAGGCUUGCUUGACUAUUUUUGUAUUCAGAUACACAUGUGAAGCGAGCCUCCUAUUUCUUUCUUAGCUUGCUAAUAAAUUCACUUCCCUCCCUCCUGUGAUUUUUCAAUUCUCAACUCACUUUUAAUUAUUCGCUCGCUCAAAUUUCCGACCAGCUCAAAAUCUCAACCUCUCUCUUGUCUUUAUUCUAACACCAAAAACUCUACUCUCAUAAUAUGCAUAUCAAAAACUUUCUCCUGGCUGCAUUCGCCAGUGUUUAGGUUGCUGUAAGCUGAUAUCCGUGGUAUGGAUUGAUGUCAGGAAGCUGAUGAUGUUUAGGCCCAAGACAGUACUGCACCAUUCCCGACAGGCAGUAACGUAACGUCAACUACUAUUUCAAGCACUGGCUUAAGCACUGUCUCUGCAACAGUCAUCAUCUCCGGAAAUGAAACAACAACUGUCAUUCCAAGCGGUACAACAUCAGCCAUCAACAGUAUAAUUACCGACAGUUCUAUCACUACCAUCCCAGUAUUUCCCAACAGUACUAUCACCUCGACCUCGUCACCCGGCCCGUCUCGUUCGGUUAUAUUUACAACAGCUGUCACAGUUAUCAAUGGGAAGACAACCAGCGUUGUUGUGGAAGUUGCCGCCACGACUGCCUUCGGUUCCGGGCCAACUCCAACAGGAAGCACACCGAUCCAGGGAGCUGGAACAGCAAACGGAGCUAGAUUGGGAACAACUUUCCUGUCUGUGCUAAGCGUGAUGUUCUUUUUGUUUUAG